CAUCUUAUAGACCUGGAAAAAAGGAAUGAAAGUUCUUCCCCCUCGUCCCCCAACUGGUAAAUGGUCAUGUGACUGGUGAUAAUAAACUUUCUGAGAUGGCUGCAAACUGCAGUUAGGUUUAAAGUUUCCUCAUUAAUGCAGGAAAAUGCUCAUAACCUGAGGCUUUUCAAGUGUUUAUUAAUUUACUUUCUGGGGCUGGCUGCUGAUAUUUAUUUCAGAUCAAAGAGAAAGUCUGUGUCUUUAGUACUUACUGUGUGCCAGGAACUGUGCCACAUUUCGUGCCUAGGUGAGCUCACUGGUAGUCGUCAUAAGCAUUGGAUGGCAUUUUUCUAUUUCACAGGAGGGGAGACCACGGCUCACCAGAGUUAAAUACUCACCCAUACAUGCACAAAGAGUUUGAAGCACAACUGGAGUUUAACCCACACCUGCCUAAAUCCAGGACCUCAGAAUGUUUCCACUACACCAUGCAGUCAUCCUAUCCUCUGUGGUCACCAAAAGCCUCAGAACACUGCCUUGAACCCAUUCUAGGCAGAAUAAAACACUAAUCUGUUUUAAACCGUGAUCCCUGCUAUUUCAGGAUAACAGGUAACCAUGUAAGGUGUAUCUCAAGUGCACAGUAGGCUUUAGGAAGACCCUUUUCCAAGCCUGCUCCCCAAACUCCCAAGCCCCUCUUUGUUGGUUAGUGUGAGUCUACUCAAAGGUAGCUCUUAUUUCUUUUAAAACCAUCCUGCAUUUCAGCGCACUCUGACAGCACUACGUAACACUUGGGAUUCACUUGUUCCCAUCUUGCUGCCUAUUUUUACACUGUCAGCAAUAAUUCCUCAAGCUCUUGCUUAGGCAUAGUGACCCAGGGAUGCAGCAAGAGGGGGCUGUAUUGUCCCACAGUUCCCAUCCGUUUGUGUCUAUACACUUGGUGCACAAACACACACCCUGUGACUUCUUUCCCCAUGGAAGCUGUCCUUGAUAAUGCAACCUUUAACCACCUAGAUUUCUGCAACCAUCAAAUCAGAUCUAAAAGGGAACUCGGAGGUCAUUCACCCAACGUUUGAUUAUACCAGUGAGAAAAAUAAACUGCAGCCCAGAGAGGGCUGACAACUUGUCCAGGCAAACACAGCUGGUCAGCCCCAGAUCCUGCACUAGGAAGGCCCUAGCUCUCCCGGUUCCCAGCCUGGAGCUCAUCCUGCUGCAGUUCACUGCCUCCUCCCUGCCUCAGUGGAUGAGGGUAGGGGCUGUCCCCCUGCAUGUGGAGUGCUUACCUUGGAACCCUUUUCAUGAAUGAGACCAGAUGCAGAACUCCACAUUGAUCAUUUCUGUCCCUCCCCUUUCUGCUUUCUGUUAAAGGCAGCCCCCCAGCUCCCAGCUGGCUCCUGUCCCCUCCCCCAGCCGGGAGAAGUUAUUACAUGAAGAGAUCAGCUUACCAGUUUUCUUCAGAGCAGAGGCUGAGCUCGAAGCGCCGGGUAGUACAGUGAGGGAGAGCCGAGGGAACCAGCGCGGUGCCUAGCGGAACUCCAGGGCUGGAAUCCCGAGACACAAGUGCAUCUGCUAGCUGUUAGCACUUGGCAGACGGAGUUCUCCUCUAGGGUAGUUCUAACUUUGGGUAAUAAUGUUUGUCAGCUACCUGAUAUUAACAUUGCUCCACGUUCAAACAGCAGUGUUAGCAAGACCUGGGGGAGAGAACAUUGGCUGUGAUGACUACCUAGGCUCUGACAAAGUCGUGGACAAAUGUGGGGUGUGUGGAGGAGACAAUACGGGCUGUCAGGUUGUGUCGGGCGUGUUUAAACAUGCCCUCACCAGCCUGGGCUACCACCGCGUCGUGGAGAUUCCCCAGGGAGCCACGAAAAUCAACAUCACGGAGAUGUACAAAAGCAACAACUAUUUGGCCUUGCGAAGUCGUUCUGGACGCUCCAUCAUCAAUGGGAACUGGGCAAUUGAUCGUCCAGGAAAAUACGAGGGCGGAGGGACCAUGUUCACCUACAAGCGUCCAAAUGAGAUUUCAAGCACUGCUGGAGAGUCCUUUUUGGCGGAAGGUCCCACCAACGAGAUCUUGGAUGUCUAUAUGAUACACCAGCAGCCAAACCCAGGUGUGCACUACGAGUACGUGAUCAUGGGGACCAACGCCAUCAGCCCCCAGGUGCUGCCCCACAGGAGACCAGGGGAACCCCUCAACGGCCAGUUAGUGACAGAAGGCAGGAGCCAGGAGGAGGGAGACGCGAAAGGGAGGAACGAGAAGAAGGAGGACUUGCGUGGGGAGGCCCCGGAGACGUUCACCUCGGAAUCAGCACAGACCUUCCCGGUCAGGCAUCCGGACAGAUUUUCUCCCCGUCGACCGGAUACCUUGGUGCCACCGGCACCGCAGCCCCCACGGCGAAGCCGGGAUCACAACUGGAAGCAGCUUGGGACGACAGAAUGCUCCACGACCUGCGGGAAAGGAUCGCAGUACCCUAUUUUCCGCUGUGUGCACAGAAGCACUCACGAAGAGGCUCCGGAGAGCUACUGUGACUCCAGCAUGAAGCCGACCCCUGAGGAGGAGCCCUGCAACAUCUUCCCUUGCCCAGCCUUCUGGGACAUCGGGGAGUGGUCUGAGUGCAGCAAGACCUGUGGCCUGGGCAUGCAGCACCGCCAGGUCCUGUGCCGCCAGGUGUAUGCCAACCGCAGCCUGACGGUGCAGCCCUACCGCUGCCAGCACCUGGAGAAGCCCGAGACCACCAGCACCUGCCAACUCAAGAUCUGCAGUGAGUGGCAGAUCCGGACCGACUGGACCUCGUGCUCGGUGCCCUGUGGAGUGGGACAGAGGACCCGCGACGUGAAGUGUGUGAGCAACAUUGGGGACGUGGUUGCCGAUGAGGAAUGCAACAUGAAGCUCCGGCCGAAUGACAUUGAGAACUGUGACAUGGGACCUUGUGCCAAGAGCUGGUUCCUCACUGAGUGGAGUGAAAGGUGCUCAGCGGAGUGUGGGGCCGGAGUGCGGACGCGCUCGGUGGUGUGCAUGACCAACCAUGUCAGCAGCCUACCCCUGGAGGGCUGUGGGAACAACCGGCCAGCAGAGGCCACCCCAUGUGACAAUGGACCCUGCACGGGCAAGGUGGAGUGGUUCACCGGGAGCUGGAGUCAGUGUUCCAUUGAGUGUGGGCGUGGGACGCAACAGAGGGAGGUGAUUUGUGUUAGAAAGAAUGCAGACACCUUUGAAGUGUUGGACCCCUCUGAAUGUUCUUUCCUGGAAAAACCCCGCAGCCAGCAAUCCUGCCACCUCAAGCCUUGUGGAGCCAAAUGGUUUAGCACCGAAUGGAGCAUGUGUUCCAAGAGCUGCCAGGGUGGCUUUCGGGUCCGGGAAGUGCGGUGUCUGUCAGAUGACAUGGCUCUGAGUAACCUCUGUGACCCUCAGUUGAAACCAGAAGAGAGAGAAUCUUGUAACCCUCAGGACUGUGUCCCUGAAGUUGAUGAAAACUGCAAGGACAAGUACUACAACUGCAACGUGGUGGUCCAAGCCAGACUCUGUGUCUACAACUACUACAAGACUGCCUGCUGCGCCUCCUGCACCCGUGUGGCCAACAGGCAGACGGGCUUCCUGGGGAGCAGAUAACGCCCCCGCACCCCAUCCGUGGGGCAGCAUCACUGCCCUCCCAGGGGCUUCCGCAGUACGCCUGGCUGGCUGCUGCUCCAUCAAGGGCCCCCUGGCCCAGGCGCUGCCAAGCCGCUUAGUCACCACCGCCUGUACCCAGGGGCUUUGAACACAGGAUGUUUGAAAGCCACGAUUGGUCCCUUAAGCAUCACCAUGUACUGAUGAUCCCCUCCUUGGACCCGGCACCUGCUAAUGGUGUCCUUUGAAAGCCAAGCAGCGGGAAGUGCAUGGAGCUCUCAGCCCUGCUCCCACAUGGCACCUUUCAAGUCAGCAGAUGGGCCACUGCCUGAGCACCGCCCCGUCCAUGGUGCUACUGGCCUUUCUAACAUUAGCUCCCUGGAGAGUCCAAGGAGGCAGUGUCCCCAAUCCAGAGCCCCUCUAAGCCUUGCCGACACGCGUGCGUCCCUCUGUGACCUCAGCCCAGCUGUGCCUGUUUUCAUUCUCAAGACAUUAGACUGUUUCCUGCCGUAUGACACAAAUAUCUCACAUGACUAUUGUGCUUUAUUUAGCAGGUAUACUCACAGAGACUAGCUCCUUAGCAGCUCACAACAACCCGGAAUGAGAGGUAGGGGGUGAUUCAUCAUCCGCGUUUUAAUGACAGAGAAACUGAGGCUCAACUGAGGUAACUGACCUGCCAGGUGUAUUCGCCCAUCCAGUGGAAGAGCUGAGUCCCUGCCCCAGUCAUCUACCAAUACCAGCUUGGGGGCUGUCCUUAGGUGUGAAGGGUGGUGGCUUCAUUUCUGACCAAGUCUGGGGGUUGGAGGCUGAGAAGUUUCCCAGAAUCCAAACAAAGCCCAGGCCCCUGAAAUCUUUCUGAUCAAGUCUGUAUCCCAGCACUCAGUUGCUUUGGACGUCUGUUCCUACCUUCCCUUCCCUGCAAAGUUACAGACCCUAGUUACAGGACUCUGCAGGCUUUGUUAAACUGUCCGUGAAACUAGAAAGCCAUCGGGGGAACCAGGUGACUGCCUGAAUUUCUGACUCCAUUCCAAGUGCUGUUUCUCCCAAAGGAAUCCGGCCAAGGUCCUUCUGGGCCCUCUGGCCCCACCGCAGAGCUGACUUCUGAAGCACACAGCUCUGCACCCUGGGCUCUGCCCUGCCUUAGCCACCUCCCCCAUGCCCUUCACCAUCCCCAGGGUGAGUCCAGCCAGACUGUCCCAGCCAGAACACUGCUGUGUUAGACUAAGUCUCCUUCUGGCCUUUCUGGUUUUGUUUAUGGAUUUCUCUGGCCACAAUUUCUCCCCUCCCCCAGGACUCACAGUGCGUACCCCUCACGCCCAGACUUUCUCACCAAGAUCUGCGUGAAUAAAACUGGCCUGGGACGAGGCACUGUGGACCCCUCCCCAUCUCUUCCAGUUCAUUUCCCCCAACUAUCCAGUUCCAGAGGCUGCAGGUCUGAAGGAGGAGGCAGCGCCUAUUGAAAGGUGGACCCUCUGAAAAACCGGUUAAGAGGAAUAGAUGUAUAUUUUACCCAUUAAGGAAAACAGCAAGCUAAACAAAUUGUAAACUUACAGAAAACUUAUCUUACGGUCCUGGGGGGCAUAUUUCCCUUUUAAAGCAAGCCUGGAUUCUUAGCAAACUGUUUCCCCCCUUUGCUCUUUCGGCUGACAAAUCGGCUCAUGUGAUGAUGGUUUGCAGGUUUUGGAAACAACAUGGCAGCCUGGCCGGACAUGCUCAUUAGGCUUCCAUUAACUUGGGGAUUUUAGAAAUUCUAUCUGGCCUUUCUGUGGGCAGCUUUCCAGCUUCUCUUCUGGGGAGCCCCAGGCAUCAUUUCCCAAAAGCAUCCCCAUCUCUCCUGAUUCUCUUGAAACUCCUGCGGAUAAGCAGCCUGGCAAGAGGCCCAGGCUCCCAGACUGACAAAGGCAAGAGACGAGAGAGGCCGAGCACAUUGACCGGUGCUGUCCAGGGCCUGCUCUUCCCCACUCACCACUUGUUUUGCUGCUUGUCACGAGGGGAGGCGUUCCCGUAUGUGGCUGUUCUCAGAUCUUGCCCAGCAAGCCAAUCAUUUGAAGAGGUUUUCUUUUCAUGCUGGAGGGCAGGGUAAGAUCAAUGGGUGGACGAGAGAAAGGCUGAUUGUAGCUCAAGUUAAAGGAACACCUUCUAGUCAUCAGAGCCACCCACCGGAGGCAAGGGCCGUCACAUACAAGGGAGCUCUCUGUCCUUAAAGGGAAUUUUCUGUUGAGUGGGAGCUGAACACCCUGGUUCUUCCAACUCAGGAAUUCUCGUGGCUGGGCUGGGUCAGUGAUGGCUUUGUCUCUUUGAUGUCUAAAGUGUCCUGUGGCUCCUGAAGGUUACCUAACCAUUAUUUAAAAGGGGAAUGAUCCUCCAUGAGAAUGGGCCAGGCUGCCAACUGUGCAGUUGAAGAGGAGCAAAUGAAUCAGCCCCAUGUCUCCCCAGGGGAGAAAGUACAUACACCAAAGGUCUCUUUUUUCUUUUUUUCUGACAAACCAUUGAGCUAUUCUUGGAGUUCAUCUCUGGAGAGGUUAUAGAUGAUUAGAACAGGAGUUUGAUCAAUGUAUUUGUCUGAGAGAUCCAGUUUUUACCAAUUCCCUGGUUUUUUAUUUCAGCAUCUGAAUGUCUUUCUCCCUAGCACAAUGCACACAAUUAGGGCCUUGGGGAUGAUUUCCAGUGAUAACUUUCCUUGGGGAGAGGACCUAACAAAAGCCCAGCUUUUGGUGGCUGUCUCCCUCCAAAUAUGUCUCUCUCUCCUUUCUUGGUGCCCACUGAUUUUCCCUUCUCCUUUCUGCCACUGCUGUAGCUUCUUUUUGGUCUUCCCAUGUUCCCUUAACUGGCCAUCAUGUGGAGUUGAAAUUUACAUUUCAAUACUGGGUGUUUUUUUUUUUUUUUUUUUGGAGCGGGGGCUGGGUACUGGAUUACCUCAUGUCCUGCUCUGAAUUUUUUAAUUAGCUGAAUUAAAGCUGUUAUAUGGUUUCCUCACAAAAAUCAACAAAGUCCAAACAAAAAUAGUUUGCCGUUUUACUUUCAGUCAUUGGAAAAGGAAAUUGUGCCUCUUGCAGCCUAGGCAGCGGACAUUUAAUACAAUCGAUCCUCUCCACCCUCACGAUGACUUGGGGUUCUCUCCGUAGAAAGGGGACAGCCUAAGAAAUACUAACUUAAAAAAAAAAAAAAAAAAAAACCCUGUAAAGCCAGCCAGCCACUAGAGGGCGUCAGUUCAGUUCCGUGAACGCAUGUUCAGUGCCUGCUGCCUGCAAGCUUUUGGGGACCCCAGGGGGAGCAAGGCAGCCUGUCUCUGCCCCCAGAGAGCUAGAGCAUGACAACUCAGCACUGUCCCCACCUAUCCCUUUACCUUCUCUGGCCCAGAGUUCUUGGAGGUUUUUUCUUUAUAUUCUUAAAUACGUAUCAUCUACUUAUUCUCAAAGUGGUUAGCAUUCAACACUCUUUUUGCUUUAAAAAGAAUGGCCUUACCAAGGGAUAGAAAACAGGAGACAUGAGCUUGAUGUAUUUUCAUCAAGUUAUGUGGCAGAGAGAGAAAUCCAGAUAUUAUUACCAGGACCUUUCUAAACCAGUGUUGUGUUUUGGGUUUUGUUUGGUUUUUUUUUCUUUUUCUUUUUCUUUUUCCAUUAGGAUAGCCACUUUAGAGUUGGAAUAUCAAUUUUCUAAUGAGGAGGAAGACACAAAUAUACGUGAUAAAAAGAAGCAUGACUUCCCUUAAAACAGGCUGCGUAAUCUCCAUCAACCUGGUGGAUGGAGACAAGUAUUUGAUCCUUGCCAUAUAAAACAUUUUACUGUGGUUUAGAUGAGAAAAUGCGUAGAUGCCUUCCUCACAAAAUGUCAUGGAUGAUGUGAAGCUGGAGAGCUGAUGGCUUGGGUGACAGAUCCUGGUCCCAGAAAGAUCAGGGAGACUAGAAUAAAACUUGGAUCUUAAAAAGUCACCAGAAAUCCAUGUGAAGUCCUAUAUUUAGAAUAAAACAAAAAAGUAUAUAAAUACAAGGUUGGAGAGAGCCAAGAAUUUCAGUCGACCAAGCUCAGUGUGAGUCAAGAAAGUGGGCUGGAACAUGCAGAAAAACAAAACCCACAGACAGGCAGGCUACGUGAGGAGAGGACAGUGGUAAGGGUCAUGCCACAUUUUGUUUGCAUUUGCCAGAACCACGCUUUAAGAAGAAUACUGAUCAUCUGUAACGUCAGCCUAUCAAUUCCCCAACCUGAUGAAGGGCUCAGAUUCUCAGACACAGCAGGAAGGACUUCAUAAGAACCUUCAGGCUGGAGAAGGGACUUGGGCACAAGGAGAGCUCCCCUAGGACCAGGAAGGAGAAGCUACAAGGAGGUAAGUUUAGCUCCUGCAGAGACCCAGCUUUUCACAAGCUGAAGCCUUCCAGAGAGAAGGGGACUCUGGUAGGUGGUGACCCCACCCAUCACUUGAGGUGGCAGUGGAGGCCAUUUGUCAGGGAUGCUGCAGAGGGGAUUCAGGCGUCUGGAUGGGCAGCGUGAUGCCCAGGGCCCUCCCCACUUGGGGCUUAGGGGAAUCUAAGUAGAAAAGCUUUAGGUGAUUCAUCUGGUCUGUGAGGGCAAGUACCUAGCUACGUGCUUUUACAUUUCUGACUUUUGCCACCCUGUCAGCCAUGGGGAGCCCAUUGUGGGACUGAAACCCUGAGCUGAAUGUGGCCUCACGUCUCAGAGAAACACUGGCAAGUUGGUCAGAGCCUCCUUCUACAUAGAGGAGUAACCAAGCGGCAGGAUGGCAGGGGGCCUGCCCAGGACCACUCACUGUAGUGGAAUCAGAGCCAGGACUUGCCGAGGACCCUGUAGACACCACCACUCUUUCUCAGCUCACCUUGGGUUCCUGCACCUUCGCAGGGGUAAGGUAACUCCCUUCACCCUGAACUACCCCCUAUGCCUGUUCUUUUCAGCAGAUAGUGGUGGGGGUGGGGGGUGCCCAUCGUGCUGAGAAGUGGCCACAGGAUGGAGAAAACUUCCAGCAACUUUCUCAGCCCUUUGUCUUGCGAGAGGGAAGCCACCUGCUACACAAAACUAACAAGCCCUGCCUUGACUCCUCCCUGCGACCCAGUUGACAGAAGGAUAUACUUUGUUAUAACUUAUUAUUUUGUCCUCUGUAAAUACAAGAUGUUUAUAGGAAAUACGUAUUCUGAACUCUAUCUGCAGAAUGAGUCAUACACCAAAACAGUUCUAUUAUUUAGAAUGUGUUAAUUUUAAAGGGACUCGAUAGGUAUUUAUUUACAUAUGCGAUCCACAUUUGUGUGAAAUCAUUUGACCGUACUCACCCAGCCUCCGGAGUGUCGCUGUACAACGAUUGAUGUCUUUUUCUCAGUCCAUAGUUACAGUUGUUUAGUAUGCAAAUCAGUCCAGUUCCCCAGGGUUUAAGAUCAAAUAUCAAUUACUCUGCUUUUUGACUCAUUCAGGGAGCAUUGUACCUGAACCUGAUUGCCACUUUUUCAUCUUAAAUAUUGUAUUUCCUCAUCUAAUCUGCCUUCCCCGCAUCCACAGACAUUUGGAGAAGGAAAUGGGAGGGUGUCACCCCUUUUCUCUUUGCUUUGUCCCGUUUUUGGACUGGCCCGUUUUGGGAGGCUUGGUUAGAGCUGUGGAUGAGGCAGGUGGCUGGCAGGGACAGGGAGCGGCUAAGAAGGAAGUGGCAGUACUUACUGUCCUGACACCUCCACUGUCCCUGCUGGGGACCUGGGGCCAAGGCGGGUGGCUGGCCUGUGAACUGCACAGCCAGGAGCAAGGAACCCACUAAAGAUUCCAUCGCCUCCAUGUCCCCUCAGAGUGUUAAAUUAUUACGUAAGCAGGUGAAGGGUAGAAGGUGAAUUAUGUGAGUAAAUAUGGUCUGUUCUCAGCAAAAAUGACAACUAUUUUUGUGUGUGACUAAUUUAUUUUUAUUAUUGUAAAGAUACAAUAAACCAGUUGAAAUAUC